CCAGUGGUGUGUACACACCACAAGAGAGAGAGAGCGAGCUCUUAUUAUUUAUCCAGGAGCAGCACAGCGCAUGCGCGACGCUGCGAGCUCUGUGUGCCUCAAGUUUACUCUUUUGGGCUCUUCCCGAGCUGUGUAGCCAGACAAAGGGAGCUGAUGUGCGGUUUUUGUGCCCAUGAGGAAAAUGUGGAUGAGGUAAGAGCGAUCUGGGAAGUAAAGAGACUUGUGUUUGGAGAGAGAGAUGUAUCCGCUGCGCUCGCAUCUGUCGCGCACUUGAUCUGACCACACAAAAGAAGAGGUGCUCGGCAGCUGUUUACCUGUGCGUGAGCACACCUUGGACACACACACACACACGGACACGGACAGACGGAGGUAUGUGCUCAGUGACCGUAGCCGCAUGGGGUUUAUGAAGAAAUAACGGACAGCUGCUGUAGGCCUCGCCGCUAGCUCCGCCUCACUGGACACGGUCUCUCACCCGCCAGGAGAAAUGGGUCUAAUUUUCGCCAAACUGUGGAGUUUCUUCUGUAAUCAGGAACACAAGGUGAUUAUUGUGGGGCUGGACAACGCCGGGAAGACCACUAUACUUUAUCAGUUUUUAAUGAAUGAGGUGGUGCACACGUCUCCUACAAUUGGCAGCAAUGUGGAGGAAAUAGUGGUGAAGAAAACCCACUUUCUGAUGUGGGAUAUUGGUGGUCAGGAGAGUCUCCGCUCCUCUUGGAACACAUACUACUCCAACACUGAGUUCAUCAUACUGGUAGUGGACAGUACUGACAGAGAGAGACUAGCCAUUUCUAAAGAAGAGCUCUACAGGAUGCUAGCACACGAGGAUCUGCGCAAAGCUGCAGUGUUGAUCUUUGCUAAUAAGCAGGACAUGAAGGGCUGUAUGUCUGCAGCAGAGAUUUCCAAAUACCUGACCCUCAGCUCCAUCAAGGAUCAUCCCUGGCACAUCCAGUCCUGCUGUGCGCUCACUGGAGAAGGGCUGUGUCAAGGUUUAGAGUGGAUGACCUCAAGUGCCGGGCUCAGAUAGCCUCUGAUUCUACUUGUUGGACUGAUUGACAGCGACUCCCACCUCCUCUGGUGGCAUUGCAGGCUCAUCUCAUUGGCUGCUCAUGUUUUAUUUUUAAUCUCUUAAACAAUUGCAGCUCUGCAGCUGAACUCUCUGGACACCUACCUCAGCUGGGAUUUAUCAGUUACAUGAAUUACAGUUACAUGAAGUAUUUCAGCUUAAAGAGAGCUCUACAGUGCUGUGUGUUUGUGAGGAGGGACUGUGUUUUUAACACUCUGACAGUGGAACAGAAGUUCUCCAGAUAAGUAUAUUAAGCUAAUCGUGUGUUGUUCUUUAAAUCUACUGGGAAGAAAUUAUUUGUAUGGUCAAAAUGUUACUUUUUCACAUGGGGAAUCUUUGGGUCAAUUGUUGUCAUUGUUUGGUUAAGCUUUUUGGGCUUCAAAUGUUUAAAGUGCCGUUGGUACCCAGCAACACCACCACAUAUGAAAACACCUGAGCAUAUCACUUAGUACACAUUACCUCAAUCAUACGUUACAGUAGAGGGUGCUGUUAUCAUUUCAGACGUGGCCAUUACAGCUUGAAAUGUCAUUGAUGUGAGAUGCAAUUUAAAUAAGGGUGUGUGUGGAGGGGAAAUGGCACAGUUAGAAUGCAGCAGUUGGCUGGAUUUAUUAUAAUGUCUGUUACAGGUGUUUUAAGUAACCAUUCUCCUUGCUGGAGUGUGGUUAUAGCAUAAAGGUCCUUCAGUUGUUAUGAGGAAAUAAUGUUCAAAAGUAACACAGUAUUAUGAUUUUUUUUUUUAAUUCUCUUUUCCUCCCAAUCCUCUUGGUGCAAAUAUUCACUGCAAAUGAUCUUCACAGGUCUACCAGCCAUAAUAGCUGUGUCUGUUACUAUAUAAGUGAUUGCCGUUUUUUCCGAUUUGUUCAGCUUGAACAUUUUAUUUUUUGUCAUCUUCCUUUUUUCAGGUUAUAUAAAAACAAAAUGAACGCAUGAGCACAAGUUCUUAUUUGUUUGCGUGGUGAUUUUGCCAAUAUGCUUAUUGGUUCUAGCUGAAACUAGAACACCUUUAUUUUCACUGAUUUUUUUUCAUCCUCUCCGUGCCCUGUGCUCAGUUAAGGGAAACUCUUUCGAGACUUGAAUGCAGUGACUACAAAUUGGUGCUCUCACUGAUAUUUCCCUCCCAACGUUGAAAUCUAUUUGCAGCUGUUAUUGGCUGCUGAUCUAGGCAAAUCCAUCCUAUAGAUCAGUCUCUCUGUUUUGCAAGGGUUUUAUAGCAAUGGCUCUUUGAGGUCACUGAGGUCUUGGAGACUUCGGCAUUGGUCAGACUUCUGUAAAAUCUGUUCUUUACCCAAUCACAGUCUAAAGCAGUGUGUUUUUAGACUGUGUGUUAAUAUGCAUCUUUACAAACGUGAUAUGAGUUUAUAUUGUAUCAUACCAUGUUGAACGGUGGCCCUUUGGAUAAAAAAAAAAAUGUAAAAGUUGAAAUCUGGCUUACCUAUCAGAAUGGGAAUGAGGUGUUUCUGCCAGUGGUUCAGAGGAGUGUAAUAUUCAGUUUCAUUGCUGAAGAUCAUGGUCAAACCAUGUGCUUCUCUCUCAGAUGUGCCAUUUCUAAAAGGAGCAGGUGAAAUCUGUAGCAACUUUCCUAAUUCUUAUAGUUUUAUAAUAAAAGCUUUUAUUUUGAAA